AUUAGUAAGAGCCCAGGAUACCGAGCAGACACACACACACACGCGCGCGCGCAUACACGUGCACACGCACUAGACCAUCUUUCCAUACAGACACGCAUCUAAGACAGGUAUAGAUGGAAUGAUAAAAAAUGGAAUACCACUGGAUUCUGUUUCCUGUCGUGUUACAGUUCCUCUUACGACCAGGCAGUACCAGGCCCGUAAUUACACCAGACGGACCUCAACUCACAGUGCAGCUAAAUGGCAAGCUCGUUCUUCAUUGCCAUGGUGACGCACCAGUGCUUUGGGAACGGGAGGAACGUCCAAAUCGACCACUAAAGGAGCAGCAGAGAGAACACCACCUGUCUAUUAUUACUCUGGACCGGGUGAUGUCACAUCAUCAGGGCAAAUACAAUUGCUUGGAGGGGCCUUCACGAGAGAAGAGCUCCAUUUAUGUUUAUGUUAAAGCCUUCCUCUUAGCAGAUCCUGACAAUGCCUUCAGGAGGUCCCUCAUCCGUGACAUCAUGGCCGGGGCAGGCGAGACUGUCUCAAUCCCAUGCCUGGCCACAGACCCCAGAAUGAUCGAUCUGCGCCUGAAGACAUGCAGCGGAGAGCAACUGCCCAAAGGGAUGAUAUACAGCGCUAGCACCGAGACAGGCAUUUCCGUGAUGGACGUCGAGCCUACCUACAAGGGCUGCUAUGUCUGUGAGGGAAGUCUAGGAGGCACGAUGGUCCGAUCUAUGGAAUAUAAGCUUAAUGUGCGACUGGUUCCAGAUGCACCGCCCAGUAUUUUGCUUCAGGAACAUAACCGAGUGCUCCUGACCCAGGGCCAGAAGCUCACGCUCAACUGCUCCACUUCCAAUGUCAACAGUGAAAUCAAAGUCACCUGGGUCCCACCGCAAGGAGUGGAAGCAUCGGUGCAGCAAAGCUCUCAGCUUCUGACCGAGCCGGUCCUGCACAAGCGCACCGCCACCCUCCAGAUAAAAGCAGUGACAAGCCAGGAUUCAGGCAGCUACCGCUGCACGGCAGAGAACUCAAGAGGGAUUAGUGCUGAGACAGUCUGGGUGGAUGUCUACAGCAAAGGAUUUAUUAACCUGACACAUGUCGAUAACACGACCUGGCGAGUUCGUGAAGGAGAAAGUUUGUCCCUGCGUGUGGAAAUGGACGCCUACCCUAAACCCCACAUCCUUUCCUGGAGCUACGAUCAGAAAAAUCUCACCAACACCACUGACCAUAUUAUCACCACCCACCAGCACACACACAGCACGCAUGUUUAUCACAGUCAAUUGAAGCUUGUGCGUUUGAAAGUAUCAGAGAGCGGAGUCUACACUUUUUUGGCCUCCAACGGUGAUGCUAGUGUCCUCCUGACAUUUGAAGUUCAUGUGCUGAGUAAACCAGCGAUUGUAUCUCAUGAAGGGCCGGUUGAUGGUCAAGUGCGCUGUGUGGCUGAAGGUUAUCCCCCACCUCAGAUCACAUGGUACUACUGCGACCAACCGCAUGCCAGGUGUUCUAAUUUGCUAAAUGCCACACAAGAGGAGGAGGAUGUCGUCACCGUAACCAUGACUAACCCACCCUUUGGGAAGGGAGCGGUGGAGAGCCGCUUGAACAUUACCAAGAACAAUUACCCCACCCUGGAGUGCGUGGCUUCAGCCGAAGGCGAGAUUGUCUACACACUGUUUUCGAUCAGCGAACGUAGUGUUCCUCAUGAGCUUUUUACUCCAUUGCUGGUUGGCUUCAUUGCUGCAGCAGCCAUCCUAUGCCUCAUCCUGUUUGUUCUCCUUUACAAGUACAUGCAGAAACCUAAAUACCAGAUCCAAUGGAAAGUCAUUGAAGGAAUCCAUGGCAACAACUAUGUCUAUAUUGACCCUACCCAGCUUCCGUACGACCACCAGUGGGAAUUUCCUCGAGACAGGCUGCGCUUCGGUAAAACGCUUGGCUCUGGAGCAUUUGGAAAAGUUGUGGAGGCCACAGCAUAUGGAAUGUCCAAGGCUGAUACAGUGAUGACCGUGGCAGUCAAAAUGCUAAAACCGAGCGCUCACGCCACUGAGAAAGAGGCUCUGAUGUCAGAACUGAAGGUGCUCAGUUACCUUGGCAACCACAUAAACAUCGUCAACUUACUGGGUGCCUGCACUGUUGGAGGUCCGACUCUGGUGAUAACCGAGUACUGCUGUUUUGGUGACCUACUGAACUUCCUGCGCCGAAAACGUGACUGCUUCUGUUGCUCCAGACCGGGAGAUGACUCUUACUAUAGAAAUGUCUUGUUAUAUCCAGACUCAGGUGAAGGUAGAAAUGGCUAUAUGACCAUGAAGCCUUUGGUACUGGGAGUUCAGUCUGCUGAGAAACGUUCAUUACCUAAAGGUGCUGGCUCUUACACAGACUGUGAUGUGUUCAGUGAAGUUCUGCAAGAAGACGGUUUGGCUCUGGACACUGAAGACCUCCUCAGCUUCUCAUAUCAAGUUGCUAAGGGCAUGGACUUCUUGGCAUCUAAAAAUUGUAUUCACAGAGACCUGGCAGCCAGAAACAUCCUCCUUACUCAAGGAAGAGUGGCCAAGAUCUGCGACUUCGGACUUGCCCGUGACAUCACUACUGACUCCAACUAUGUAGUUAAGGGAAAUGCCCGUCUGCCGGUGAAGUGGAUGUCUCCUGAGAGUAUAUUCGAGUGUGUAUACACGUUUGAAAGUGACGUCUGGUCUUACGGCAUCUUGCUGUGGGAGAUCUUCUCUCUGGGAAGCAGUCCUUACCCGGGUGUACCUGUAGAUUCAAAAUUCUACAAGAUGAUCAAAGAAGGAUACAGAAUGGAUUCUCCUGAGUUUGCUCCUGGUGAAAUGUAUGAAAUCAUGCGGUCUUGUUGGGAGGCAGACCCAUCCAGGAGACCCUCAUUUGGCAAGAUAGUGGAGAAGGUUGAACAGCAAAUCUCAGACAGCACCAAACAUAUCUAUCUGAACUUCAGCUCCAGGUUGCCCGUAGUCGCAAGUCCCCGCGAGGAGCCCUUUCCUCCCUCCUCACGUCGUAAUUCAGGAAGCGAUCAAAGCACUCCCACUCUGCCCCUACUGUCUGGUGACGAGGUUUUUUCGGAGGAAGCAGCUUCUAGGCAGCCACGAGCUUAAGAAAAAAACUCUGCUGGUUUAUCUACUAAGACUGUAAGCCUUUCAGACAAACGUAGGCCGAGUGGAAUGUGUGAACCCUGGCUGGAACGAUCAUAAAGGCAGAAAGAAGUCCCAUCUCAUCUUUCUACUCUUUUCCCCUUACUAAUGUGGGGUAGUAUACAGAGUACACUCACUCUUCACUCCCCAUUGAUUCAGGAUAAUGGGACAUGGAAAUUUUAGGGAGCGUUUUAAGUUCUUUUUCAUGUUCAUUGAUGUUCCAGUAGGGUUGAUUGGCACCUUCGCUUCUGCACAACAGGCCUGACCUGGUCUUCUUGCGGUACGAUUUCUAACUCUGCAUAGGUACUCGGGAACAACUUACCCUGUAUCAGGCUUUAUUUUAAUAAUCAUAGCGCAUACAACACAUAAUAAACAUAAAACAAGAUUGCAAUGGUUAAAGCUUUGACCAGCUAAACGUGUGGUAUGGUAAAGCAGAACAGCAAAUCUCUCAUAAAUGCCGAGGCUUGACUGGAAGUAUAUUUAAUGCCAAAAAUCCCAAAUCCAAAACAUACAAAGGGAGAAAUGUCUAGCAGGCUCGUUUGGAAAUCAACAAUGUGUUGGAAUGCAGGGAAAAAUAGAAAACACCAGGUUGUAGGAACUAAGCUGUAUCUUAGCCCUCCAUCUGUGCUAAGGGGGGGGGGGCAAUAAAGGCAAUAAUGAAUUAAUAAAUUUUAUAUCACAGCAGACUGUUAAGUUAUGGUCAGGAAAUUAGAAACAGAGCACAAUCUUAAAAGAUUUGCAUAGUGUCAAAUCCAACAUAGCAACCAACAGUUUAUUUUUGCGCUGAUACAAAAACUAAAGCCUUAUGUCUUUGUCCUAAAGUGAUAGGUCAAUACAGAUGUUAUUGUACAGAAAAGCACUUUUUAAGACUUGAUCAAUCACUAUAUUGGAUGUAGAUGCGUCUUCUUAGCAGUACACUAUAUAUAGUAUAUGUCAUAAAGACUUUCCUUUUUAAAAGCACACAUUACUGGUAUAGUGCUAUUUGUAUUGUGUUUGGUAUGGUAUGAUGGGUUUAGGCAGCUUUUAGUGGUUUAGUACACUGCCUCAGUAUUAUUCAGUUGCAGAUCAAGAACAGUUCUGACACCACGAUUUGUUUAUAUUCAAAUGACAGCUUAAUAAUUUGGUGAAGUGCAUGUUAUUUCCCUCCAGUCUCUACAUUUGUGGUAGCUGCAAUGAGUAGUAUAAGCUACAUGUCGACUCGCGCUUUUUUCCUUAGUGCUUAUUAGACAUCAGUUUUAAUUGUUUUUGUUACAGAGCAAGGACAAUGCUUCUUAUUCGACUUCUAUUCCUGCAUUUCUUUUUUUUUUUUCAGGGAACCAAUUUAAGUAGCGUCUCAAAGUGUUAAAGUGCAAACGCCGAGCUUUAAGAUCAGUAUUAUGCGAAGGAUUUUGUCCAAUACUGUGUGAAACUUUUGAUAGAGCCCUUCUCGACAUGGGCAUGGGCGUGGGUGAAAAGUAUACAGUACUGUACAUUUUAUUGAGAGACAGACUUUACAUCACAUUUCACAUGGAUAUUUGUGGUUUGGGUGCUUUUACCUAGAUUUAUGGUUUAUGUAGGAGCUAAGUAGAAACUUUUUUGGUCAUUUGAAACAUUUCAGGAACAGAGAAAAGCUUGGAAAUACCAGUUUCAUCAUUUUAAGACAUUGACCUAGAGGCAGAGUUUUUUUUGUUGUUGUUGUAGAUAUGUAAAGUUUUACUGACGCUUGUUCAUACAAAGAUAUUGCACUGUAUAUUAUCCUUUCUAUUCACAUGUAUGUAAAGAAAUAACCGUUUUUGUCAUUCAAUACAUUAUAUGAACAAUAAUCACUGCGGAAAAUUUCAUUCAAGCUUAGGAUGUUAGAAUUAAGCUAAGUAGAUGCAUCAUUUUAAAAUGCUCUCAAUACAACAUAAAGUGUCUUGCCUCACGUUUAAUCCCAUAGAUUAGAUUUCUGCUCUUCUGUCAAUAAGAAACGUGCUGUUGAGGAAAGUGCCGACAAAAAGCUAGUGCUCAUGAGAAACACAUGCCGAUGGGUGCACACUCUCCAUAUGAACAGCCAAUGACAUGUCAGUCAUGUCAGUGAAUGGAAGAGUAGAACGUGGAAGUGUAGCUGCUCUGAUGAAGAGCCAAUGAGGGCGUUCGUGACCAUCCCACUUGAAAAAAAAAAAAAGCAGCCCUGCAUUAGAGAUGGAGAGUUGGUAUGGAUCCUAUUUCUAUGAACUGAGUGAUUCAGACUGAGCCAGAUAGAGCAAGUUGUAACAUCAGUAGUCAAGCAGCCGUCACUAGCUGAUUUCCCAGCUCUCUUUUUGUUCUUUGUGUCCAGCUGCUUCCUCCAGCGGAAGCGUCACUUCCAGAGUUGGGGAGAUCCCAGUCGCUCUCUAUCCCACCUCCACUGCUUCCCUCUCACUCUCUUCCCACACUGAGACAUUGUUCAGAAGAGGCAUCUGUCUGCACUUUUGCGUGUGUGUGUGUGUGUGUGUAUGCAUCUGUGUGCGUAUGAGUGUGCGUUUUCAUUGUAGCAUAAUGCAGGUCUUCUUGCUGGUUAGACACCAGAGCACUGAUGAGCUAUCUUGUAUACAGCUUGUCAAAUACACUGUACACCACAAACUGGCUUCUGACUGUUGGUUUUGUGGGCACAAUACCACUUCUGUGCUUGUUCUUGCUCUAUAGUAAUAUGUGUCACUAUUUUAGGGCAAAAUGGUACGUUCAUUACAUCUAAUGCUGUAAACAUUUAAGUGCAACCCAUUUUGUGUGUGUGCAUGUGGUUUACAGUACAUGCUACUUAAAAUUUCCUUUGCAUAAAUGUUAAUCUACAGUACAAGGUCCACCCAUCGACUGUACAGUAUGUAUGCAUUAAGGUCUCUACAUAACAGGUGGCUUAAAUGCCUGUAGCAGAUGUGCUUCCUCACAUUUGGUACAGCUAGUAUCUAAUCAUUUAAUCACAGAUCAUGUAAACCGAAGUAACUUCAUCAUGUGGUAAAUACUAUAUGAUAAUGCAUGGAUUAUCUCAAUAGGUCUGUUUUUUUUUUUUGGACAAAUUAUCGAAGAUUUUUUUGUCCCUUGAAAAGAAGGUUUGUUCUGUGCAUUUCAUCAUUGUAUAUUUAUUUUAAAGUUUUUAUUUGUGCAAGCGUUUAAAAUUGUUUUUUUGUGUAAGUUCUGUAUUUCGUGUUUGUCAUGUCUUGUUAUUAUAACACUGUAAAUAAAGAUAUUGAAAUAUAAAUAA